AUGACUUAUGGAAAAGACAUCACUCGUAAUUGGAACACAAACAUUGAAAGCAAUGGGCAUUCUAUGUUUCAAAUCAUGACAGAAAAUAGAAAAAGGUCCCGCGAAGAUGAUGUAUGUGAAUUCAUGCCUUUGUCAAAGAGAAUCAACAAUUUACAUAUAAACAAUAAUUUGACUAGUCCACCUAAUUCCCAAUCUUCUGAUUCUAAUCAAAGCAACGGGCUCAAUGUUGAAAAUGGUAUAUCAUCACCAAGUUCAUCUUCAGAAUCAGAUAGAAGACCUAGCUAUGACCCAGGAAUUAAUUCUUCUGAUAGCAGAUAUUAUUAUGAGAAUAAGUUACUUUUCGAAUUGCAUUUAGAGAGAAUACAAAGAUCAGGGCAGCAGUAUCCAUUU